GUGUAGCAUUUGCUUCAUUUGUCAAGCUGGUUCGGUUUCGAUUUCGUUUCCUGCGUCUGAGCUCGAUUUCGGAAGAAGUCCGAAUUAAGGCUCUGAAGUAUCCUGAGAGCUCAGACAACAGGCGCCUGCUCCCCGCCGCCUGCCUCAUACCCAAACGAAGAUUUACCAUGGGAAUUCACAGUCCAUCCAGAAGGAUCCGGACUCUGAAAUCAGCUCGGGAUUUAAGUGGUGUGACAUUUGGGCACAAAUUCCCCAGACGUGGCCUGAAGCUUCUACACUGGUUGGCAAAUGAAUGGAUCAUGUUUGACAAUGAGGGGAAGAUGCUGGCCAAGACAGAUCCUAGAACCGGAGGGUUUGGGUUCCACAUCUUCCACAACAAGGAGCAGAUCUUACCGCCGAUACUGAGAGGCCAGAGCUGUUACUUUGAGGUGGGGAACCUGCAUAAAGUUGGCUCUGAUAAUCUUCCCUUCAGACAGGCUGACACAAGAAGUAAUAAGAAAAACAUCGACCGCAUCAUUGUGCGAAUGGUCUCAGGUGAUGUGAUUGGUGAGGUUUACAUCACAGAACACACCCCUCACCAGAACAGCUUCUGUUCUGAAUCUACAUACCGCAUCAGCAGAGGCCUGAUUCUGCAUAUACGAGGUUUGGAGGAGAGCAUCUUCCUCCAGUGGGCUGGAUACAUUCCAGGCAUGUAUGAACAGUUCAUGGACCAAGAGGAAGAGGAGGAAGAGGAUGAACAUCUCAUACCAAAGAACAGUGAAACCGCUGUUAACAAUGGGGAGGAGGAGGAAGAGCAGGAGGAUAGCCGAUCCAGUCGUGAUGAUAGGUGUUGCUGUGUUAUACUGUGAAUUACUGCUGUGCUGUGAUGCCAUCGUUUAACUCAGCUUAUUACACGGCUCUCUGGAAUGCUUGAUUCUGAUUGGUCAGUUGAGACAUUUGCAGGUUCGUUCUUUUCAAAUAAUGACCGCUCCAAAGUAAUAACGCAUAGCCGGUACUACUUGUAUGUUUA